UUUAUUUAUAUCUCCCUCUCCAUUUUCUUCACUCUUCAAAUCAAACCUCUCUCUCUCUCUCAUGGAAAACCAAAACCGUCUGAAAAUGCGAAUCUCUCGCAUGUUCCGAUCCUCAUUCGGUUCCUGCAAAACCCGACAACAUGUAACAGAUGUUAUGGAAAAACCACUAUUUGCACCCCCUAACAACCCCAUCCCCUCCAAAACUUUACUAUCCUUUCACCCCAUUUCCAAACCCAAACCCUCUCAAAAAACCAUCGACGACAUGUCGUUUAACCUCCCUCAUUCUCAUUCUCUUCCACGUCGCAAAAUCUCUACUUGUUCAUCAUCACCCUUUCUCUGCGGUGCAAAUAGCAAUAACAACAACAACAACCACAACCCUAAAUGUCCAUCACCCGUUUCACCAAACACUACAUUCGACGAUGAACACACCACCAACAACAACAACCUCGGUUUCUACGAAAAAACCAACGCUUCAUCGAAAAACAUCACGAACAAAACCAAAAAGAAAAAGAAGAAAAAGAGAAUCAAGAACAAGAAGAAAACCCAAACCCAGAAGAAAAACAGAACCUUCCCAUUCAAUUCAUGCGCGAAAGACACAAACUUUGAUAGCUACUGGUGGUACAGCACCGACGAAGAAGACGAAACAGACACACUCUUCUCAUCGAAGUCUCUCUCCUCCGACUCCUCCAAGUCUCGCCGCAGGAAAACCUCUCGCCGGAGAACUGACCGGAGUUCCGACAUGGGUGUUCUUCCGUUGAACGGAAAAGUCAAAGACACCUUCGCGGUGGUGAAACGCUCUAGUGAUCCGUACAGUGACUUUAGAACUUCCAUGGUGGAGAUGAUCGUUGAGAAACAAAUAUUUUCACCAAGCGAUUUGGAGAAUCUUUUACAGUGCUUUCUGUCGCUUAACUCGUAUCAUCAUCACAAGAUCAUUGUUGAAGUUUACACAGAGAUUUGGGAAGCACUUUUCUCUGACUGGCUUUGAGAUAUAAAAAAAAAGAGAGAGAAAGAAAAUAGUAAGAAUAAUUGUCUUAUUAUUAUUAUUAUUUGUUUUUUUUAAUCUCUGUUAUUGAUUAUGUUUUUGUUUACUUUACUUUAGUUUUUCUAACUUAGUUCCAAUGUAUGAUAUUCCAUUUGCUACUCAUCAAUCUAGUACUAUUCAGUUUUA